AUUCUUUAAGGAAACAUACACGUAACUUGCAUGUAGGUCAACACCGUGCCUAGACAUUUAUUAUCGCAGUAUUCGUGUUGAGGGUGGUGGUAUAGGGAUUACUUACAAAAAGAUCAAGAAAAAAAACAGAAGCGGCAAAGUAUUAUGGAACACCGUGAAAAAAUUAACCUGAGUGAAGAUGAUAGCUCUGAAGAAUCUGAGGAAAGAGAGAAAUGGGAUAAAAAGGCUGAGUCCAUCCUCUCUAUGUUGGGUUUUUGUGUCGGACUUGGAAACAUUUGGCGGUUCCCAUAUCUCUGUAUGAGAAAUGGCGGAGGAGCAUUUCUUAUCCCAUUCGUAUUUUUUCUCUUUUUCUGCGGGCUCCCACUGUACACACUGGAAGUGACUGUUGGCCAGUUCUCGGGCAAGGGAAUUGUAAAAGUAUGGGAUGUUUGUCCACUUUUCAGAGGUGUCGGAUUUGGAAUCGCCAUACUUUCGACAAUAUCCUGUUCAUAUUACAUCGUUAUCAUCUGUUGGACGACGUAUUACCUAGCCAGCUCCUUUAAGUCCCCUUUGCCGUGGACGUUGUGUGAACAGGACUGGAACACACCGUGGUGUAACGCAGACGAGCGCGGUGGGUCUGUAACAAAUGGUACGAUUGAUAACCUCACGUCUUCUGAUGUUGGAAACGUCUCCAGUACGCUAUCUCACCAAAACGGCAGUCAGCUAUCGACGUUCAGCAUCCAAAAUUUCACAACACCCGGAGAAGAAUUCUGGCAAGGUAACGUGCUCCAUCUGUCGGAGGGUCUUGAAGAUCUGGGGUCGAUACAGUGGCAUUUAGCACUAUGUUUCCUAGCGGCUUGGGUUAUGGUGUAUCUAUGUAUCAUCAAAGGCAUCAAAACAGUUGGAAAGGUGGUCUAUGUUACCGCCACUCUUCCAUACCUCCUCCUGGUGGUGAUACUAAUUCGUGGCCUGACCUUGCCGGGGUCUUACGAUGGGAUUGUGUACUAUAUUACGCCAGAUUUUGAACGCUUAAAGGAUGGAAAGGUAUGGGCAGAGGCAGCCAUUCAGAUAUUUUAUUCCAGCGGCAUUAUAUGGGGUGCAUUGAUAACCAUGGCCAGUUUCAACAAAUUUCAUAACAACUGUCUAAGAGAUUGUUAUGCUCUGGUACUGGCAGGAGAGGGCACCAGUAUAUUUGGAGGAUUUGUCGUGUUCGCAAUACUAGGAUACAUGGCCCACGAAAACGGCGUCCCGAUUGAGAAAGUCGUCAAAUCAGGACCCGGUCUGGGCUUUAUAGCAUAUCCUGAGGCUUUGGCCAAAUUGCCACUGCCCAACCUCUGGGCUGUAAUCUUCUUCAUAAUGCUGCUGACAGUAGGAUUAGAUAGUACGUUCGGAACUCUUGAGCCUGUUUACACAGCUCUGUCGGAUUCCUUCCGGAUAUGGAGAAAGCGACGGACUCUCAUGACCGCCGUGUUCUCAACUGUUUGUUUCCUCAUAGGAUUAAUCAUGUGUACCGAGGGAGGCAUGUACGUGUUCCAGUUGAUUGAUUGGUACUCGGCAGCGAUAGCAGUACCACUCUUUGGAUUUUUUGAAUGUAUAGUAUUUGGAUGGAUUUAUGGUGCUGAGAUGUUUUCUAGAGAUGUAGCUCUAAUGACGGGGCAUGGGAUUCCAUCCGUUAUAAGAAUCUGCUGGUGUUUUCUCACUCCCAUUAUUUUACUGGUUACAAUGAUAGUGACCCUUUACUCUUACGUUCCUCCUGAAUAUGGAAAUUACGAGUAUCCGGAAUGGGCCCAGGUGGUUGGGUGGUUUAUAGCCGUGGUACCUCUUCUUCCCAUCCCCGUGUUUGCCUACAGAGAAAUCAGAAUUGCACCUGGCGCAACAUUUAUGCAGAAAUUUAGAAAUUCCUUGCGACCAAAUGAAGAAUGGGGACCCAAUCAUCCUCAGGAGAAAAAGAAAUACAGAUCCUACGAUCGAGAAUACACGGGGAAUCUUCUGCAGAACAUUGUAGUUAACUUAAGUGGCAAAGAUAUGCAUGUAACCGAAUAACAUUUGUAUUUCAUAUUUGUAUCAAUCAUUGAAAUGUAAAUGUACAUGUAUGCAUAGCCAGUAUCUAUGCAAGUGACACCAUUGUAUCUAGAAUUUAUAUAAAGAAUAGCUAUUUUU